ACAUGAAUGAAUGCUUUCAAUGUCCAGAAGAUCAGUACCCAAAUAAGAAGCAGGAUUUCUGUCUCCCAAAAGUUGUAACAUUUUUGAAGUAUGAAGAAACUUUGGGAACUAUAUUGGCUAGUUCUGCUAUUUUCUUUACUUUGGUCACAGCUGCAAUCAUCUUGAUCUUUACUAAGCAUCAAGACACUCCCAUAGUCAAAGCCAACAACCAGAAUCUCACCUAUGCUCUCCUUGUUAGUCUCAUGUUAUCUUUUCUUUGUUCUUUGUUAUUCCUAGGAAAACCUGACAAGGUAACAUGUCUCCUUCGUCAAACAGCUUUUGGGAUGAUCUUUUCCAUGGCCAUUUCUUGUGUGUUGGCUAAAACUAUCAUUGUGAUUCUGGCUUUCAUGGCCACUAAGCCUGGGUCCAUGAUGAGCAGAUGGAUUGGGAAAAGACUUGUCAUUUUCAUAAUUUUGGGCUGUUGUUGUAUUCAAGGUAUUAUUUCCAUUACAUGGGUGAUAACCUCACCUCCAUUCCCAGAUGCUGACAUGAAUUCAAUGGUAGAAGAAGUCAUUCUAGAAUGUAAUGAAGGAUCUGUCUUCAUGUUCUACUGUAUCUUGGGCUAUAUGGGUCUCCUUGCUAUUAUCAGCUUUACAGUGGCUUUCCUAGCCAGGAAUUUGCCUGAUGUUUUCAAUGAAGCCAAGUUUAUCACCUUCAGCAUGUUGGUCUUUUGCAGUGUUUGGUUGUCUUUUGUUCCAACAUAUCUGAGCACCAAGGGGAAAUAUACUGUUGCUGUGGAGAUCUUCUCCAUUAUAUCUUCCAGUGUUGGGUUACUGACUUGUAUCUUUUUUCCUAAAUGUUACAUCAUUGUGCUGAGGCCUGAUCUGAACAACAAAGAACAGCUAAGAACACAAACCCACAGAAAACCAUAA